AUGAACGACCCAAUAUUCCCGGAGGCGAAUCACCAUCGCCGUGCCAUCACCGUUAGACGAAACCGAGAACCUCCACGAAACGACGAUGGAAACAUUAUCUGUGAGCAUGCUGACUGCCAAGAUGAUCAACCCACAUUUCGUCUUCCAUCUCAAUGGAACAAACAUAUGGACAGACAUGAGCGACCUUACAAAUGUUUCGAGUCCGGCUGUGAGGAAAAGCUAGCGUUCGUCUCGAGUGGUGACUAUCUGCGGCAUCAACGAGAAGUCCACGACAGCGGCAGAAAGCCUAGGUAUUCUAAAUUUUGUCCAUCUGAGGGAUGUCGUCGCCAUAUUUCUGAGCCUUUCGCGAGAACCGAGAACUUGCGAGAGCAUAUACGGCGUAUGCAUAAAUCGGAGGCCAACAGCUACCUCGAAUUACGGGAAAGAAUAUCUGCCGAGCCUAGUACCCAAAAGAACGCUUCUCUCGGACCGCACGGCGUUCGCGACCCAGCUACAUGCCUUUCUCAUGACAAUAUUCUACAAAUGGAGGCAGACUCUCUCCGCGACAUUAUCAUGGAAAAGGACCGACGUAUUCAGGAGCUUGAGCGACAGACAAUGGAAUUGGAAGCAACGAAUCAUGGUCCCCAGAACUAG